AGCCAAGGAAGAAAAAAAAACUCGCGUAAACAAACUCGUGUUUGCGGAUCGCUUUCAUGAAGCAGCAAAUUUUUCGGCUAUUUCAAUAAAUAAUAUGCUCUGGAAAACGUUGCUGGUAAAAGUUCCAAAAGCGUUCGUUGACCAUGAAAGAAAGUUUGCGACGAAGGUAGCAGCAGAUGUUGCUGCUGGACGAACCUAUCAUCGACCAAACAACCAGUGGAAAAGCGUAGUAGGUUUGGAAGUCCAUGCCCAGAUUCAGUCCAAAUCGAAACUAUUCUCCGGUGCCGAAGUGACCUUCGGAGCGGCUAGCAAUUCCCGUGUGUCGCUGUUCGAUGCAUCCAUUCCGGGUACACUUCCAGUGCUGAACCGGGCUUGCGUUGAACAUGGACUACGAACUGCUCUGGCUCUCGGCUGUGACAUUAGUCCGGUUUCGAUGUUUGACAGGAAACAUUACUUCUAUGCCGAUUUGCCUGCCGGGUACCAGAUUACGCAACAACGGGCACCAUUGGCACGAGGAGGAGCGCUGACGUUUCCGGUCAUCAUUCCCGGGGUGACCCGGAAGCCUUACUACAAGUCUUCGAGACUACAUCAGCUUCAGCUCGAACAGGACAGUGGCAAAUCGUUGCACGAUCCCUAUGAAAAGAAGAGUUUGGUUGAUCUGAAUCGUGCCGGGGUUCCGUUGAUGGAAUUAGUUUUUGAACCGGAUUUAGAAACCGGAGAAGAAGCUGCAGCAUUAGUUAAGGAACUAAUAUUGAUUUUAACCCGGCUGGGAAGUUGUUCUUGUCGAAUGGAAGAGGGUGCUCUUCGCGUAGAUGCAAACAUUUCCGUUCAUCGGGACAACGAGCCUCUGGGAACACGGACCGAAGUUAAAAACAUUGGAUCCGUUCGAGCUGUGGCACAAGCGAUUGAGUAUGAAAUCGAACGACAGAUAGAGAUUCUGGAUACUGGAGGAAAUAUUUUCAAUGAAACGCGUGCUUGGGAUGCCGUUGGGCGGAGAACUGUUUCAAUGCGAGACAAAGAAGUGGUGCAGGAUUAUCGGUUCAUGCCUGAACCGAAUCUCCCACCGUUGCACGUUGAUCUUGAAGGAACAAGCCCGGACCGAGACACAAUCAACGUCCUUGGCAUCAAGACUCAACUACCCGAAUUACCGGAUGGAACUCGAAAAAGACUUGUCGAGGAACAUAAGCUGACUCCCGAAAUGGCAAUAAUUCUAGUGAACGACAUCACGCUGUACAACCAUUUUCAGAACAUUUUGCAGGAAUCGGACAAAACCCGAUCUCCCAAGACGGUGGGAAACUUUCUAAUCAAUGAAUUUCUCAUGAUUUUGAAUAAAAACAAACUAGACGUCCAUCAAUGUCCCAUUCCGUCUGCUCAUCUGGCCGAGCUGGUCGAUAUGCUGGACGGAAAGAAAAUUAAUGCACACCUGGGAAGGUUGAUUCUGCAGGAAGCACUUGACAGUGAUGACAAACACGAACGGCCUAGUCAAAUUGCGAUACGAAAGGACUGGCUUAUGAUAACCGAUAUAGAUCGAAUAGAACAACUUUGUCAGGAAGCCGUCAAUAAUAAUCCGAAGCUGGUGGAAAAGUACAAACAAGGAAAGGAAAAAAUGCUCUACGCACUAGCCGGUGAAAUCGCGAAAUCGACGGAACAGAAGCUGGAUAUGGCAAAAACCGUAGACUUGUUGAAGAAAAUGUUGAAAGGAUAAAUAAAAUUUAUCAAUCAAA